GGCGGAGUUCUAAAACUCAUUCCUUGUUGGAGACAACGUAUCCUUGGUUAGUUCUUCAUCUCUACUCUUCCAUCUCCAGUUGCUUCAGACCCGUCAUCAGAAACGAAAAAUAAAAAAAUGGAGACAGAAUUUUCUACAGAGGAUUUCAAGUCAAUAAUGUCUCGCAUCCAGCACGAAGAGGAGCAGCGUAAUUUGAAACGAAGCUGGUUGAUGGGAAUCCCUACAAUUUUGAACUCAGGACAAAAGCAGUUGAAAAGGCCCAAGUUUUUGAAAAAGUUGUUGAUGCCAGAAUCAAUGCUAAGGGAGGAUGAUGUUUCCUCUCAUGCUUUAAAGAUCUGUGUUGAGAAAGGCUUUGAAGCAUUUAGAGAUGAAAGAGGGUAUCAUGUAGCUCCGAAUUUCCCAGAAUCCUUUGACCCAAGUACAGAAGCUGCUGACAUUGUGAAGGUUCUUUUUUCCAAGCUUGAUGAGAUGAACUACAAUGGGCUUUACCGUCUGAGUAAUAUGCUUACAGGAACCACUUUUAAAUUUGAGAAAACUUUUUGGAGGGUGAGGGAGGAAAUUAAAGAAUAUUUUCGGAGGACAUUCAGGGACCAAAACCAUAAUGAUAAUAGGAGGAUUCUAUUGAAGCAGCUGUCUCAACUUCUCAAGGAUCCACAUAAUUUCCGAGAGAAUUCAAUGACACAUGUGGGUAUAAUGUCCCAAUAUCGCCGUGCUGCUGCUAUCAAGGUACUAGACGGCUUCGGAGACAUGCCACUUCAGACUUUGACUGCAAUGCAUAGGAGGCUUAGAGGUGUCCAAAUUGAAGUCCCUCAAUUAAGGCCUUCCAAAUCUGGAUGGAAUCGUGAUCGUUUGAUUGAACAAGUGAGGAACACAUGUAACAUAAUGCUUUCUGAACUUGGUGAAGGGGACGAACUGCCGCAGUCAAUAGCUAAAGCAAUGGCGAUUGCAGACUUAUCAUUCAAGCUCACAACUAGGGAUCAUAAUUUCCCCUUGACUGAGUUUUACCGUUUCUCACCAGAGAUAGAAGCCUUGCAAAGUGAGAUUCUAAAUGCGAUUUGGCUCCUCAAUAAGGUUAAGCCAUCAAACCUGCAAGAGUUGCAACUUUUGCUGGACCCAGAAAUAGAAUUCCAGAAUCGGCGUUCACGGACAGCUAUUAGGAGGCUAUUAACUGAGUAUCUAUUUGAUUGCAGUGAGAUGGAUACCAUCCCCAAGCUAUUGAAAAGAACUCUUGCUAUCAUCAACAGGGGUUAUCAAAGUAAUCAACUUACACUGCCUACGUGUUUCUCAAAGGAAGCAAAAGAUAAAGAGAUAGAAUGUGUACUGACUGUGAGCAGCCAGAUGAGACAGAUCGUGUGGGAUUUGCAUCCUGACCACCAGUUCGAUCAAGAAUUUGUUGAUGCUUAUAUGGAGGAUUUAGAAGAAAAUGAUGAUAAUGGUUAUGAUGACAAGGAGAUGCAGCCGGAAGUCAAUAAAAUGCAUGCUAGUCGUUCCUGUUCAAAUUGUUCAAUUGACCAAGUGGAGAGUAUCGGGGAAUCAAUAUCGGCUGAUUCCACCUUACGUAACAAAACUAUCGAAAGUAGUAUUUCCCACUCCUCAGCAUCCAAUGGAAAGUUAAAUGAUAAUUUUAUCAAGGGAUCUAGACAUAAGCAGUUUACUGACCUUGAUCCAGGGGAUCAACAUGGCUCUGGUUCUUUAUUUUCUAGCCAAGAGUCGAGCUUUCUCCAUGAGAUGCAAAAGAACAGUGGAAACCAAUACCUUGUUAUCCAAGAAAACUGUGAUGAGACAAGUAAGGUUUCCCAUCAACUUAUUGGUCACCUAUUUGAAAAGUUUAUGCAGAUAGAAGGCAAAGAAUUGGAUUGGAGAAUGAGAGCGUAUCUGAAGAGAGAAGGUUUGAAUCCAGAUCAUUCUCAAGCCACCAAGCUGGAUUCCUUGAAGGAAGGUAUGGAUUGCCCAAUUUUUGUUCAGGUUGUUGAAGAGCUAAUGCCAUCCCUUCCAAAGAGUGUGAUGGAGAGAACAAAGGAGUUGAUGGGCCUACAAUAGAAUUUUCCUUGGCAUACACACUGAAGUUUGGAUGGGGACCACUCUGCAGACCAUGCAUAUUUAUGGCCAUGGGGUUCAUACAGCAUGCUUGUGAAA